UGGAGUCCGGGCGGGGAUGUGGGCACCCGCGGCUCGGGGGAGCGGCUCCCCCGCCCAGAAGCAGAGUUGUCGCUGCGGUCGCCGAGGAAGGAGGACGGAGCCGAGGCCCGCGCUGUCCGGAGAGAAGACAGUGGUCUCAUCCCGUCGAGAAUGAAGGGAAAUACGGUGGCCGUUUGCUCGCCGGGACCCCAAGAAGUACAGCAGAUGGUCCGUGAACAGUACACUACAACCACAGAAGGCACCCACAUACAGAGGCCAGAGAACCAGUGUGUCUACACAAUUGGCAUUUAUGGCUGGAGAAAGCGUUGCCUCUACUUAUUUGUUCUUCUUUUACUCAUCAUCCUCCUUGUGAAUUUUGCUCUUACAAUUUGGAUUCUUAAAGUGAUGUGGUUUUCCCCAACAGGAAUGGGUCACUUGCGUGUUACAAAAGAUGGUCUUCGCCUAGAAGGAGAAUCAGAAUUUUUAUUCCCGUUGUAUGCUAAGGAAAUACACUCCAGGGUGGACUCAUCUCUGCUUCUGCAGUCAACUCAGAAUGUGACUGUCAAUGCACGCAACUCUGAAGGAGAGGUCACAGGCAGAUUAAAAGUGGGUCCCAAAAUGGUAGAGGUCCAGAGUCAACAGUUUCAGAUCAACUCCAAGGAUGGCAAGGCACUGUUUACUGUCGAUGAAAAGGAAGUCGUGGUUGGUACAGAUAAACUUCGAGUAACUGGGCCUGAAGGCGCACUUUUUGAACAUUCAGUGGAGACCCCCCUUGUAAGAGCUGACCCAUUUCAGGACCUGAGGUUAGAAUCCCCCACACGGAGUCUAAGCAUGGAUGCCCCAAAGGGUGUUCAUAUUAAAGCUCAUGCUGGGAAAAUUGAGGCUCUUUCUCAAAUGGAUAUCAUUUUUCAAAGUAGUGAUGGAAUGCUUGUGCUUGAUGCUGAAACUGUGUGUUUACCCAAGUUGGUUCAGGGGACUCGGGGUGCCGCCGGCAGCUCACAAAGACUCUAUGAAAUCUGUGUGUGUCCAGAUGGGAAGCUUUAUCUGUCUGUGGCUGGCGUGGGUACCACAUGCCACGAAAACAGUCACAUCUGUCUCUAAACCACCUGCAUCUUCCACGGAGCACCUGCCUCAUUUCAUUGAGCUUUACAGAUGCCGACCUCAAGCCUUCACACCAAGCAACUUGACAUCCUGGUGGAUGGUGGAUAGGAAGUAGGAGGGCACACUUUCAAAAGGAACUCAGAAAAAUGUACCAGUGAAGGUGUUCUGAUGAAAAUCCAUGAUCUCAGAAAUGGUGUGCACAUAUUAGACACAAAAGUCUAGCGAUAGCAACAACAAAAAAAGUCUUUAUUCCACUAGGUUUAUUUUCAUCAAAGCCAUUGUGACUUUUCUUUUUCUUUCUUGUAGAAAAUCAAUCUACAAUGGAAUAUUGAAUUGCUGUGUGGAAUUAAUUUAUGCUAUUCAGCUGUGACUAUCUAACUCCCCAUAAAAGUAGCCUUGGUCAAUACUAAAAUGCCCCCAAAGUUCUGUGUGGUGUUCCCACUAUAUCACUCCAACCCACAAGUUCUCUCAUUUUAAUGCAAAGUGUGUCAGGUUUCACAAGAAAUCUUCAGGUUUUGAGGGGACUUGGGUUGAUCUGAUUUUCAGUAUGUAGUCAAAGGAAUAAAUUAUACAAAACUAAUCAUGUUUCCUUUAUAUACAGUUAUAAGCA